CCCAUUUCCUGACAUCCUCCAAUAUCGCUCUUCCUUAUUCUCAAGAUAGUUCCCCUUUCUCUCCCACACUCCAAUACCGUCCCAGUCUCUUCGACUAUUACGGCACUCGUUUUAAUCUGAGUUCUCCUGCUUCUCCAACCUCUCCUUUAUUUUCCAGCGUAUUUCAUAAAGUCAAGAAGGGCCGGCACCGUCUCACCGUGGAAGAAUUCAACGCCCGUUUUGCCGGGAAGCCCAUUAGCCACACACGUCUCACAAAAAACGUUUCCAAACUCAAAAAAACGCUUCACUACUUCGGAACGAUCGGCCGUCCCAUCGCAGCGGCGCCACGCGCCUCCAGCCUCCCCUGCACGCCCAUCCGCAACGUGGAUUCGCUCUCCUCCUCCGACGCUUCUCUCGACCGUUUCAUCGCGACUCCGAUGCGACUGCAGUACCGACUGAAGCAAAUGUGCAAAAAGCGUCCCAUUCUGAUUCAAUCGCCUCUUCGGCAGAGCAUUCGCGCGACGAGACGCGAUCGACUUCGCUCGUUUAACGAAAACGGAACGGUUUCCGUGCCGUUGCUGCCGACUGCGAGCGGAUCGCUGUCGUUUUCGAUGAGAAAAGAAGACGAGAACGACGAAGGAAAGGGAGGAGAAGGAAAAGGAGAGAAGGAGGAGAGAGAAAACGAGCAGAAGAGAAAGGAGCGGAUCGAAGAGCGGAGGGAGGAAGCGUUGGAAUUGGUGGGAAGCGUGCGAGAUGUGAAGUUGACGGGGUCGGAGGAAGUGAUGCUGGAUUUGAACGAGAUUACGAUCUUGAUGAAGGAAGUUCCGCGCGAGCAAUUGCAGAAUGUGGGGUUUGGGAUGGGGAGUGAGGGAUAG